AUGUUUUCCUUCGCCGCUCUUCUCGCUCUCGUCCCUCUCUCCGUCAGCGCCGCGACGCUGAACAAGCGCUCGAUCAACGGACCCGUCAUCACGGACAACUUCCCUGAUCCGGCCAUCUUGACUGUGGAUGGCACCUACUACGUCUUCUCUACCAACAGCGGCGGCAAGAACGUUCCCGUUCAGACAUCUACCGACUUUGUCAACUGGACGCCCCUCGCCGAUGCGCUUCCUACGGUCGGUGCGUGGAGUACUGGAGUGAACAUCUGGGCGCCGGACGUGAUUCAGCUCGGCACCAACAGCUUCCUCAUGUACUACUCAGCGGAGGUAGCCAGCAACCCUGGUACGCACUGUGUCAGCGCCGCAACAUCAUCCUCGCCUGCCGGCCCGUACACUCCAAUCUCUAGCGUUCUUGCUUGCCCCAUUUCUGACGGUGGCGCCAUCGAUCCCGUCGCAUUCAUCGACACCGAUGGUUCGCUCUACCUCGCGUGGAAGGUCGACGGCAACAACAUCGGCCAUGGCGGGAACUGCAAUAACGGCGUCGCCCCCAUCGUACCCACCCCGAUCAUGAUUCAGAAGAUGACGGCCGACGGAACCGCUUUCGCCGCUGGCAGCUCCAAGACGCAGAUCCUCGACCGCGGUGAUGCUGACGGCCCGCUCAUCGAGGCACCUUCGCUCGUCGAGAAGGACGGCACCUACUUCUUGUUCUUCAGCUCCAACUGCUACAGCGGUAGCCUGUACGACGUUUCAUACGCGACUGCCUCCUCAGUUCUUGGCCCGUACACGAAGAGCUCGGCACCUUUGCUCAUCACCGGCUCGCCUUACGCCCAGCUGUACUCACCCGGUGGACUGGACAUCAACCGUGCGGGCACUCAAGCGGUCUUCCACGCCGACUUGGAUCAGAGCGCCAGCGUUCGUCAAAUGUACACGGCAGCGGUCACCAUCAGCGGCACGACAGUAACUAUCUAA